UGAUUUUGGCAUCUCUCUUACCCAUGAGCCGUUCUGUGGCAUCCUUUCGGGGUUGAGGGAUGUGAUAAUGAUAGAGCUCGGCGGGGCCAUCUGCCAGCCUGCUGCCAGGACCUCUUCACACAGGGGUCUGUGGAGAAACACCUGGGUUGAGGCUGUGGGGUGGGACAGGUCCUGCCUUACUCAGAUCCUAUCAGGAUGCCUGACAUGCAGGCUGUGUCCCAUUAAAUUCCCAAGAGGGGAAGAGGUUUUGAGAAAGGCCGUUUGGCUCUGCUGUUGUCCCUCACGGAAGGAAGGGCGAGUUCCUGCCUCUGAGUGGUAGAAAGAGAGGAGCUGAUGCUGGGUGCUAAUAAUGUCGCAGGGUGAUGAUGGGGUCGCUUGGGAUCUCAGUCUUAGCUUUUUCUUACAGCAGCAUGCUUGUGCCAGAUCUUUGGUUCAAAGCCCUUGGUCUAUAAAGGUUGGAGAAAUCCUGAGCUAAUCUUUCCUUCUGCCUUUUUUUUCCCCCCUUUUUAAACUAAGCUUUUCAGAAAAGUGACCUUAAGGGUUGACUGAUCAACAUUCGUGCAGUCCUUAUGACAUAGCAAUGUACACAUGUGUGAUUAAUUAUGAAUAGCAACUCAAUAUGGAGGAGGGAACUGUGUGAAAGGUAUAUCCCAAUAUACUGACUGCCUGUUGUGUCUUGCUCAAAUGCAUAAAACUGCCUAAAAUAAGGGGACUUGAUUCUUGCUGACUUUCUGUGUUUGGGUAACAGGGUAAGGAAUGGGGACUGAUAUUUGCUUGACAAACAUCUGGCUCCUGCUCUCACUGUUGUACUGUUAAAAGUAAAAUUAUUUUCUUGUGCUCUUCUUUGUGCCUAGCUGUCAGCAUUUCCUGAGUCUGGGUGGUGGAAGUCAGUGCAGUUGUUUCAUUUCCCCUGUUAAGAUUCUUUGUGCUGCAGUGUUUGCUUUUCAGAUGCAGAGCAUGGAUGUGUGCUUGUAUGAAGACCAACUUUUUCAGUUGUUUUUUUCCUGGAAGAAAUGUCAUGUCCAUGGUUUCCUCUCCUCCCCCAGCCAUUUCUGGGCAGCCUGAGAUUGCAAGAUUGUGGUUUGGCCCAAAAAAGACAUUUUAAGGUUGUGAUCCUGUGGUCCAAGUUGCAACAAUGAGCUCUGAUUGCAGGAUAAGUGGGCGCAAAGAAGCAGAGAAAGGUCUGUGGGAAAUGUGAGAGAUGAUCCUAAGCAAUGGAUUGGGAGGAAUAAACCUUGAGGGGGGACGGCUGGCAGGUGAGAAGGCUGCUGCUGCAGUAGACGGCUUGGACCAGGACUGAAUGCACGCUCCUCUGUGCCACUGAUUUCCCAUGUGACCUCUUUGUGAGCAAUUGAUUGGCCCUAUUGUCUAAAAUGGGAAUAAUGAUGUCUUUUUGCUGUCUCAAGAAGACUUGCAAAGUCUCUAGGUGCCUGCUCCCCUUGCUUUGGCUCCCCACAGGUUGCAGAAGUGGUCAUGGGAGGUGCAGGGAUCAAGGUGUGGUGAGAGGGGUGAAAGGGAAGCACAGCACAUCUGGAACAGGUAGAGAGAGAAGGGUGGACUGAAUGGGAGGAGGGAGAAGAGGAGAAGGCGGCGGAUGAAGCUUCAAAAGGUACUGUUAAAAUAACUGUAGGUUACCUUGCAUGGGGUUUAAUGCAAAUUUUUAAUGCUGAGGUUGGCUCUAGAUGGUCACGCCUGCAAGGGAGAGGUGCCUGCUACAGCAGCAGUCUCUGUAAGAGUGCUGUUUGCUCAGUCGAGAAGUGUUUGCCUUUGGCAGGCUUGCAGACCUAGCUCUCUCUGGGAGGGCUGGUGCAGUGUGCAAGACAGGAGGGAAGCCUGCUAUCCACCCUGCCCGCCACACAGAAAAGCAGAGCCUCCUCCACAGCACCCGGGAGCUGCUGAGCUGCACUCCCCUGUGGAACAGGUGGCAUGUUUGGCAAGUCUGGUUGGGGUGGAGGCCAUGAUGCUUCCUGGUGUUAUGAGGAGAGGUCCGGGCUGCCUGUCCCACAGGGAGCAGCAGGGAGGAAGGAAAAGCCUGGGGAACUUGAGCCAGUCUGCUGCAACAGUGAGGGGAGUGCCCAGCAUCCUCCUCUCGAUUUCCUGAGCUGGGGCAGAUGCAGGUAGUUGAGAACUUCUGCCCUCCCUGUCUUAUUUCCUGCUCUCUGUGAUGAACUGCUGGGAUUAGUAGUGGUGGAUGCUGGAGCCAGAAGAGCCAGUGGCCCAUCAGUUUUGGCACCACAGGACUGCAGGUGUGGACUUUGCCUGGCCAAGCCACUGGAGGUGGCCACAGCUUUGUCAGGGAGAGCCUCCCCAGUGGCCUUGGCCCAGCUGAAUGCUCUUAGAGGUGGCUUAAUGUGGUCUCUGCUGCAGUAAAGUCUGUCUCUGAAAAUAUUUCAAAAGACAGCAGAAGUUUUAAGCCUUCUGGAUGUGAUAGAGAGGCUGGUUACAGCAGGCUCAGAUCCUGUUUAACAGGUGGAGGCUGUUCCCUGAUCACCUCUGUCCAUUGUGUUUGCAACAGGUUUGUGUGAAGUGAAACACUGUAUGGCAUCUUCCUCCUGUAGCUCACCCAAACACCCUGCAAGCAGCAAUUUAUGGUUGCAGCAGCUUGGGAGACUGGUUUCACCUCCCUGUUGCAUGUUCUUUGCAACUCCCAACACUUGCAUUGUUUUCCUGAUAAUGAAACAAACAUUCCAGGCUGAGGGCCAUGACUGUCCAAGCCCUGCUUAUUGUACAAGUGGGAUCUCGUGGAAGUCAGUGCAGGCUGAUGAGCCUGGUCUUGAAGCAGCACGUGCCUGAUUUGUACAACGCCAAAUGCGAGAAAGGCAGACUCAGCCCAGAAGAGUUUUCAGUCCAUAUCUCUGGCUGUAAGACAGCAGCUCAACACCAGCAACUAAAUGGCCUGUACUUUAUAGCAGUGGAAGAUAACAAAAUUCUCCCACUAAAUGUACCAGAUAGAAAACCUGGUUCUGAAAGACCACCUUAUAUAAGUAUUGCAGGUGAUGCACCUCCUGCAAGCUGCGUAUUUAGCCAAGUCAUGAAUAUGGCGGCAUUUCUAGCACUUGUCAUGGCUGUCCUGCGCUUCAUUCAGCUGAAGCCGAAGGUGUUAAACCCUUGGCUGAAUGUCAGCGGCCUGGUGGCAUUAUGCUUGGCAUCUUUUGGGAUGACCCUACUUGGCAACUUUCAGCUUUCCAAUGAUGAGGAGAUCCACAAUGUGGGCACAUCACUGACCUUUGGCUUUGGGACCUUGGCAUGCUGGAUCCAGUCUGCCCUCACCCUCAAGAUCAACCUGAAGAAUGAGGGACGGAAAGCUGGGAUUCCACGAGUCGCCCUGUCGGCCAGCAUCACCCUCUGUGUGGUGCUCUAUUUCAUCCUCAUGGCACAGGGCGUCCACAUGCAUGCUUCCAGGUUACAGUGGGGCCUGGUGAUGUGCUUCCUGUGCUACUUUGGCACCUUUGCAGUGGAGUUCAGGCACUACAGAUUUGAGAUCGUUUGCUCUGAGUACCAGGAAAACUUUCUGAGUUUUUCUGAAAGCUUAUCAGAAGCCUCGGAGUACCAGACAGAUCAGGUGUAGCCUGUCCUCUGGCUGGGGUGGGGGAGGGGGGCAGGUGUGGUCUCAUGGGUUAAACAUGACCUCAUUUACACUUUCUUGAUGAGUUUGUUUUCAUGCGCAAUCAUGAUCCCAUUGCCAAAAGGCUCUGAGGGUCACUGUCUCAUUAAGAGCCAAACAGAAAUAGCUGUCUGCUGGAAAAGGAGUGGAUCCUUCCCAGCUGCAGCAUGACAGAGCACAAGCUGGUUUAGUUUGUGACUCUGAGUGGCUCUAUCACACUCCUGUUGCUCAAAACAUUCAACAGCCAGUCCUUGUGAUGCCCCUCCAAGACAGGCACUCCUCGGGCUGUUCUGCAGAGGAGGAGAUGAAGGAAAUGGACUUCUCCGGGCAUCAGGAGUCUUCUGGAGUUGCCAGUUCCUGAAUCACCAGACUACGUCUUUUGUGUGUUUCUUGCAUUGUUUUCUUUGCUGCCAACUGGUGUAACUUGGUAGGGUGAGAAAGAGCAGCUGUUUCUUCUGGACUUCGAAUCAGGCAGAGGAAGAUCCCAACUGACUGGCUUUUAUGGUGAGCAGCAGACAUUUCCAGCCUGGAAAGCAGCUGACAGUAAAGCUGGGUUUGGGAGAAACUGCACUGUGAUCAGGAAGUGAGACUUGGCUGAUGCUGCCUUAUAGCUGGGCAGACUGUCCCCAGGCCAGGGGAGAUGGCACAGUGAGGUGCUGUGCUUGGCUUCGUGUUUCAGACUCGAGUGGGGAUUGGUGGAAGUGAGGUGCUGAAUUAAGAUGGAAAUGCCUGUGUACUCUGAACAUGACCCAGAAAAAGGCUGCUCUUUUAAGUCUGUAGUGCUUCUACUGCAUAUUGUGUGUAAUAUUUCAAAAGCUUUUUUUUUUGCUCACUGGGGCGGAAAAACGUAGUUAGAGACACUGGGCUUGCCUGCUCAAAGCCCCUGUUUGAGGAUCUGAUUAUGGGAAGGCUGAUGUGUUGGCUGGGCAGGGGAGCAAUGGGAGCCGUUUCUCAUGAACAGGGCUCCUGCUUUCCUCCACCUUAGCUUAGGUCUGCAUCUUGUCUGAGCUGCAGGAAAAUAAGCAGAAAUUAAAACAGUGGCAAGAGGCAUUUGAAGGGGAACUCGUACUGCAUCGUGGCAUUUCUGACAGAGGGAAAAGGUAUGAGGGCGUUCAGUCUUCUGCAAAGGUCAGAGGCCUCUCAUGAAAGGAAAACCGGUUGAAAAAAAACUUCUGUCAAAACUAGUAUAAGUAGCAAGCUUUGAGCGAGCCCUUCACUUUAUCUUCUGUAGGCCAAAAUUUGUUCUCAGGCAGCUGUGUUACAAAUCCAGGGAAUGUCCAACCAAUGGAGGGUUGUUGCUGGACUGCUGAAGGCCUCCUCCUUGUAGCUGUGUAAUUAGUGGGAAGUUUUCCUGGAGGGACAUGCUGAGGGUGGCCCAAGGAUACAGCAGCGUAAGGUGCAGGGCUCCCCAAUAGCCCAUCUGGGGAGCUCUUCCUGGGCAAGGGCAGGAGAUGAUGCAGGUGAGGCUCCUAUUACAUGGAUACGCACACUCAAUGCAUAUGGAGCACAGAAUAGUGAUUUGUUUUAAGGAUGUUUUACUCUAAAUAGUCCACUGUGACUUUUUUUUUCAAAAUCAAAUAAUACUUUCAGUUUAUAAUUUUAUAUUUUGUAGUUUUAUCAAAGUUAACAAAACGAUUGUUUGUGAUCUUUUUCCUUUCUCUCCUCUUCCUAUAUGCAAUCCAAACUGAACUUCAGGUUUUUGGUGACAACUCUGUACAUUUCUCAGAGUAUUUCUAACAGCACAGGUCAGUACAACUAAAUGACAACUGAUAUACACUGAAACAUGACCACUAAAUAAAGUGCUUUUAUGGAGAAA